AUGUGUGCUGCAUAUAGUCCUCAUGUGUCUUCUGUAGUUGAAGAAUGUAAAGAGUGUGAAAAGUCUUUCACUGAGAAGACAUACCCUAUUGUCCCUCAGAGAACACACACAGGAGAGAAACCUUAUGAAUGUAACAUGUGUCGAAAGUCUUUCACCCAGAAAUCAAAGCUUACUGUCCACCAGAGAACACACACAAAAGAGAAACCUUUUGAAUGUAACAUUUGUGGAAAAUCUUUCACAUGCAAGGCAUAUCUUACUAGACACCAGAGAAUACACACAGGAGAGAAAAUUUAUGAAUGUAACUUGUGUGGAAAGUCCUUCACCCGGAAGUCAACUCUCACUGUCCAUCAGAUAAUACAUAUAGGAAAGAAACCUUUUGAAUGUAACGUGUGUGGAAAGUCUUUCAUCCAGAAAUCAAAGCUUACUGUUCACCAGAGAACACAUACAAAAGAGAAACCUUUUGAAUGUAACGUUUGUGGAAAGUCUUUCUCCUGCAAGGCGUAUCUGACUAGCCACCAGAGAACACACACAGGAGAGAAACCUUAUGAAUGUAAUGUGUGUGGAAAGUCUUUCACCAAGAUGGCAUACCUUACUCUCCACCAGAGAACACACACAGGAGAGAAACCUUAUGAAUGUAACGUGUGUGGAAAGUCUUUCACCAAGAAAUCAAAGCUUACUCUCCACCAGAGAACACACACAGGAGAGAGACCUUAUGAAUGUAACCUGUGUAGAAAGUGUUUCACCCAGAAAUCACAGCUUACUAGCCACCAGAGAACACACACAAAAGAGAAACUUUUUGAUUGUAACAUUUGCGGAAAGUCUUUCGCCUGCAAGGAAUAUCUUACUAGCCACCAGAGAACACACACAGGAGAGAAAAUUUAUGAAUGUAACUUUUGUGGAAAGUCCUUCACCUGGAAUUCAACCCUCACUGUCCAUCAGAUAACACACACAGGAAAGAAACCUUAUGAAUAUAAUGUGUGUGGAAGGUCUUUCAUCCAGAAAUCAAAGCUUACAGUUCACCAGAGAACACACACAAAAGAGAAUCCUUUUGAAUGUACCAUUUGUGGAAAGUCUUUCACCUGCAAGGCAUAUCUUAGUAGCCACCAGAGAACACACACAGGAAAGAAACCUUAUGGAUGUAACAUGUGUGGAAAGUCUUUCACCAAGAAGUCAUACCUUACUGGCCACCAGACAACACACACAAGAGAGAAACCUUAUGAAUGUAACAUGUGUGGAAAGGCUUUCCCCUGGAAGUCAAGCCUCACUGUCCACAGAAAACACACAGGAAAGAAAACUUAUGAAUGUCAUAUGUGUGGAAAGAUUUUCAGCCAGAAGCUACACCUUACAGUCCACCAGAGAGCACACACAGGAGAGAAAUUUUAUGAAUGUAAGCUAUGUGGAAAGUCUUUUGACCAGAACUUACACCUUUCUGUCCAUCAG